ACCAGGGUUCAAGAUGGCGAUGUGACGUAGCUCGUAACGAUAUGUCAUUUUCGCGAGUUAAUUUUUGUUUCUGAUAAUCUACGCCGUUUAACGAGCGAUGAGAAUGCCCGAGAAAUGUGAUCCUCCGUAUCCAGUGCUUAUCGUAGUUCAGUUUGGUGAAUGUUGAAGGUUUUAUCAUCAGUUUUUCCAAAGGAUUAUAAGAACCGCUUCCAGAAAACAGUGAAGGAUAAAAUUUUUCCUAGACAAAUUAUUUGCAGAAUAUUGCAGUUAAUUUUUCCUGGAUAACUUUGUGAUACCACUGUAGAUGUCAACUGCUAGAGGCCACUCUAUUUUGAGCCGUUCAAACACCAUGGAAAAGUUUGCUGUCGAUAUAGACAAAGUACUUGAUGAGUUCGAAUUCAACGAAGAUCGUGCAGAACAGAUUGCAUCUUUACCUCUGUUAAAAAGUGAUGAAAACUCCUUGAUAGCUAGUGAUGAUUCACACUCGGUGCCUCAAAAGAAUUAUAAUCAGCCAGUGUCCGAGAGUGAAAAAGUAGCAGACAUUAUAACCAGUUCCACGAACCCAGAUGGAAGCCCGGUCGAUAUUUCUAACACGAUAAUAGCUAAAUCCUACAAUAAUAGUGAUAACCAAAAUGAUAAUUUGAACAUACAUAGAAAAAUUGCAAGAUCGGAAAGCAGAGAGUCAGGAAACAAUUUUUACACCCAGGAAUUCUUGGCUGAGAAUAAGCUUCAACAUAAACAGUCGGUAGAUAGUUAUGACUCUGAUACACCGACAUUGACUAUUCACAAUGAUAUAGCAAGUAAACCCCUUCAGAAAAAGCAGAAUGAAAAUACUAUCAUCAAACUUAAAAACAGCUAUGACAAAAAACUGAAUCAACCUGCUGCUAAACCAAGUGUAAGCAAUGUAUUCAGCAGUUUGAAUGAAUACAUCAAUGCAUCCAGUACUAGGUUGGAUAAUCUAGAUAAUAAAAUAAUUAAACAAGAUUCCAGUGAUGCAAAUAUGUGCGAAGGAGUUUGUGAAAACAACGAUACCCCCAAAGUCGUUGAUACUGUUGAAGUUUCCAUCAUGACCUCGAUAAAUCUUACCUCAGAAAGUAGCAGUGCAGAAUCAAAAACAGAUAAUACAGCAAACACUGCGAGUAAUGUUAGAAAAAUAUCAACUACAGUUCCUCCAGAGUAUCAAAACAUUCUGUUACCAGUCAAACUAGAGACAGUAGGUGUAGCCGACAGUAAAGAUAGCGCUGAAGUCAAUGUUGAGGAUGGCAAUAUUAGUUUGCUACAAAAUUUGCGAGAGAUAGAUAAAGAACCAUUGUACACAAAUACAACUUUACCUGCAGUUGUUGACAGACCAAAGGAGUCCUCGAGUAUCAUAGAUAGGCCUGAACAUGUUUACGAAAACGUUUAUAUUGGAACUGAUAUCCCCAAAUCACAAGAAUUAUAUGCUACCGUGAAUAAAGGCAAACUAAAAUCUGCAGAGACUAAGAAUCAAGAAGAAAUCAAACAUACUUAUGAAAAUGUAGACUUUGAUGAGCCAAAGAAAUUAGCAAAGACUGAUGACAAAGAGAAUGUAUACGAGUGCCUCUACAUUGGUAAUAGAGAAAAUUUUCCUGAAACUACAACUGAGCUUGAAAUAGCAGCCAAAAAGAUAACGGAUCAGCUCCAUGUUAGUGAAAAAAGUUCCGAACAGGACAGUAAAGGAAUCAAUCUUGCUAAACUGGUAUUUCAAACCGUGCAACUUGGUAUACCAGAAACGGAAAACAAACCUGUUGGAUUCAGUCACAUCGAUGAUUUAUCUGAGGAAGAAUUAAGUAAGUACUUGGCAGAUUUAGAAGCCGAAGAAAGAGCACAAGAAGCAAAUACUUCGUACGAAAAUGCAAUGACGAGUACUUACAGGGACUCUGAAAACUUAGUUAAAAAUAAAUUUCUAAACUUACGAGAAGACGACGAGGAUGCAAACGAGGCACCCAUAUUUGAAAGUGUUAUUAUUGGGGAGUUACCUAAAGUCUCAAAAGUGGAAUUGCAGGAAAAAGCUAAGAAAUUUCCAGUUAUUGAUUAUAGCAAGAGCGGACCAAGCAAUGAAGGGGGAACUGGAGGUGAUUUUUUAGUGAGGAAAGGUUCCGAAAAAUUUCCCGAACUUACAAAGGUUAUUUCCGAGGUGAAGGAAGAGAAGGGAAAGGGAAGAAAAAGUAAAAAGACCAAUGAGAAGAUGAGAAAGACCUCGGAUAAUUCGGAACCAAGUAUCGAAAAUAUCAAAACACAAGACGAUGAUCUUAAAUCCAAUAAAACUGAGGAAACUAGUGCAGCUAAUCCUAAUUCUAGUUUAGAGACCCAAGAAUCUGUACCUUCUGUGGCACCUAAUGAAGCAACAGAAUAUGACAAAAGCAUCCAAGAAUCCAAACAAGAAUACUCUUCUAGUGAUAAAAACUUUCAAGUCAACUCAAACUCUGAUGCUAACAAGGCUAAUUCUAAUCCCAACAUUCCCGGUCCAUCCUCAUGUACUCCAAACAUAGUUUCAUGUGACCCUGAACAUUCUAAGGCUAAUGACCCAUCUGAACUUAAUCAUGUUAAGCAAUCUCCCGAUAAUGAUGGUCACAGCCAACAUGGUAACAUUUCUUGCGCUAUGGGGAAUGACGAAGUAGAUUUUCAAAAUAGCACUACUGACAACCAUGAGAAUGAUGUGGACGCUGAGCGGCCUCCAAGGCCAUUAACUUUGGAUAUUGUGUCAACGGUGAAUAUGGAAGAACAACAUGCAGGUGAAUCUUCCGGUACGGCUGUUAGGGAUACUGAACGGGCAGAAACUGAUGGUGAGAGAGAAGCGGACGCAUCGCCCAAUGCUUCGGAAACUUCAUCAUUAGAAUGUAGCAUGGUAUUAGGAAAACAACCUCCGUUCUGGGUACCUGAUAGCGAAGCACCGUUUUGCAUGCUUUGCGAAGCCAAGUUCACAUUAAUAAAAAGGCGGCAUCAUUGUCGCGCCUGUGGCAAAGUAUUGUGCAGCAAAUGUUGCGGCAUGAAGUACAGAUUGGAAUAUCAAGGCAACAUUGAUUCACGCGUAUGCUUGCCAUGUUAUCAGUUGCUUGUCAGAGAAAGCGGCGGAGAUUUGCCAAGUGACUAUGGCCAUUUUUCUGACAGGGACAUAAACUCACCACACGGGAGACAGCCAAAUCCGAAUAAUCCGAUGGAGUAUUGUUCAACUAUACCACCUUUACAACAGCUAGCUGGCAGCUUACCAUCUCCACCAACCGUUAUGGUCCCUGUUGGUGUAUUAAAGAGGGAAGGUAGUACAAAACAGCGACCCGAAGGACCGAAAUCUGUCAUGUUUAGCGAUGGAAUAAGGCCUGGCUGUGACCUGACAGAGCUCGAUUCAUCCUGGGAUCCUAAGCCACCUUAUCGGAAGCCUAGAAAUAAAAGAUUACCUACUCCCCCAGGGCCUUCGUCGACAUCUACAAUGGCCAAGAGGCAGAAUCUGCCGCCAUUAGAUCCAAAUACAAACAGUUACAUACCGCAGGAUCCAAAUCUAUUGCCACCAACUGUAACUAUCCACAAAGGCCAAAUUAGUUAUCACGACGUUUUGGACCAAACUCGACUUUACGAGUCAUUGAAGAAUGAGUGCGAACCCCCGAUAAUGUUUGCCAUUAAUAGGAAUCUCUAUGCUUAUGUGAAAAUAACUAAUUUAAGUUGUUGCGUCAACAGGAUAUGCUGGAACGUUACAUCCAGAGGCUUGGCCUGUGUUGGCCAAGAUGAGGUCAUAUUAUUAGUAGAGACUUUACCUGGAGAUACUCUUAUCCCAAAGGAUCUUCUCGUGCAUAUCAAUUUAAUAUAUGUUGAGGCAAUCAAAGGCAAUACGAUAACAGAGCUUGGUGUAUCGAUACAUCAGGGUGGAAACUUGUUAGGAUCUCGAGAGCAUGCGGGAUUCCUUUUUAUUCGUCAAACCUUCCAGUGCCUACAAAGAAUUGUUUUGCCGCCUCCGCCAUUUCUCGUUGGCCUUUUAGUUCAUAGGUGGGAAACACCUUGGGCAAAGGUUUUCCCUUUACGACUGGUGUUGCGCCUUGGUGCGGAAUAUCGUUACUAUCCAUGCCCUCUAGUUUCAGUUAGAUUUCGGGAUGCUGUGUAUUCUGAGAUUGGGCAUACUAUAAUGAAAGUUCUGGCUGACUUCAGAAACUUUGCUUAUACCCUACCAGGCGUCAGAGGUUUGGCUAUUCAUAUGCAGGACAGAACAACCGACGUUAUGUUUCCAAAAAAUCGAUACGACCAGGUCAUCCGAGGACUCAACAACUCUAAUGAUCACGUACUGGCAUAUGCCUCAAACUUCAGCACAACAGCGGACUCUCAUUUAGUCUGCAUACAAACCAACACUGGUGAUGAGAGCAACUAUCAAACGCAAGCAAUUAACAUUCACAAUAAACCGAGAAGAGUAACGGGGGCUAGUUUUGUGGUCAUUAAUGGUGCUCUGAAAUCAUCAAUGGGGCUUUCUGCAAAAUCUAGUAUCGUAGAGGAUGGACUGAUGGUGCAGAUAAUGCCGGAAAAAAUGGAAGCGCUUAAGGCCGCAUUAAAAAAUAUGCAAGAUUUUUCAAUCGGCUGCGGACCUCAAGGCGCUGCUGAACCAGACGAAACUGUCAACAUCAAAUGGGUUGAUAACGACAUGCAAUUCAACAUUGGUGUGAAAAGCCCGAUUGACAGUAAACCAAUGGAUGGUAUACCAUCGAUUAGAGUUCAUAACGGAACUGACUACAUGGGAACUAGUCGGUUCAUACGUUGGACGGAAGUAUUCAUUAUCAGGUCCGAUGAUCAUCCAAACGGCGUUCACGAUCCGGUAGACAUCAAUAGAUUAUCAGAAAGUAUAGCACGUGCAACUUGUGCAGCACUAGUCAAGUUAUUAGAUCUUUUAGCUACCGCUGGCCUCACCAAAAUUGCAGUGAGAACGACUAUACAUCCCGACAAUGUUGGUUAUGAGGCUGGCAGCGAAGGAACACGAUUACCGCCUAUCUAUAUGAAAAGUCUUGACAACGAGCUAAUUCAGGUACUCCAUAAGGCAGCGCAAAGCAGCCAAGAAACUUAUACAGUUCUAGAAUUGAUAUUUCAUGUGUUAGAUGACUGAAUAAUUAAACAGAAAUUGAAAGUGGCUGCUCAUCUUCAUGCAGACCCAACCCGUUUUCUCAUUUCAAUGAGACCAAACCAUGAGACCAGAAUUUAUGUGGUAGUGUAAAGGAUUAUUAGAAAAAAAUAACAAAAACUUUGAUCUAAAAAAACUUGGAAUAGGCGCGUAAUAAAUGUGGCUUGCGGCGCAAUGUAAUUUAGAAUAUACUUGGAAUCAAAAAAAUCAUUAAUAGAAUUUAACUGAAAUAAUUCAUUGUUACAUGAUAGAACCUAUUUGAAAUUGAGAAAUUUUUAACGCUAUGCCGGUCGCCAUCUAGCUUUCCAAACAUGUUAGUAUGAUCAAAAAAGUUUUAUAAUCUUCUGCAUUUCCUAUAUUCAGAUUUCUAUAAAAAUUGGUGUACAGUCAAGUGUGUCGACACGCUUAGGAAUAUAACAACCCUCAUCAGUCUUUAACAAUAAGAAUUCAUCAUUGUCUCAAUAAAUUUUUUUUUCACUGCUUAACCUCAGGUACAACAAUAAAACCAGUGCAGGUAAGCAAGUAAUAGCGUGUUGAAGACGUAUUAUGCUCGGCAUAAUCCCUCGCGUUACAGUCAACAAUUUUUAUCGGGAUUUCGAUACGUAUAUUGCCCUUACCGCGCUUCAACAUUAUUUAGGUUUUUAACAUUUUUGGCUCGUUCAACGAACCUUGAUUUUAGCUGGCGACUUACACAUUUUUCCCAUUAAUAUUGAAUAUAAGACAGGUUCAUGCAAAGAGAGGUGAAAAAUAAACGGAACGUAAUUUAGCCUCCCAUUCAUAGAUCGUAGGUCAGUAGGAAAAAGUAUUUAGAAAAUCGUGUUUGGUGAGCGUACACGCAAGAAAAAAACCUCAUAAUCGCAUCACACUUAUAGCAUUAAUGUAACAACUUUACAAAAGAGUAGCUCAAGUUAGUUUUGCAUUCAGAAGCUUGUAUAGUUUAUCGUGCAAUUAAACAAUUUAUAUAAAUAUAUUAUUAUAUUAAUAUUAUUAUUAUUAUCUUUAUAAUGUUGAAUGUUUUUCAUUACUCAAAGUUUUAUUGUAUAUUUUGUUGAAUCUUGAAAGGAGAUAUGAAAAAUGGAAAACAAGCUGAUAACAGAGUUUAUCAUUGACGCAUCACUACCAUAUUACAUACCCGUGUAAAUCUCAUACACAUGCAAUCAGGUGUAAUAAGAUUUUUUGUACAGCGAUCACUUUAUACAGACUAAAAUAAAUGGGACAAUUAUAUUCAAAAAUACGCGAUAUUCUCAAAAAUCGUUGUCCGUCCUGGAAUUAAAAAUUUCUUGCGAUUUCGUGGUAAUGUUGUCACAACACCAAAAUAUUUAAAUAUACAUACCUGAAAGAUGUAUCUAAACCACAUGUAUAUACAUAUAUGAAUAAACAUUUAAAUUGUACAUAAUUAUAAUGUAAAUUAAAUAUUUUUAAUCGGCGA